AGAAUUACCGCUUUUGGCCUAGGGGUUUGUAGGCGGUGCGUCCUUCCUGCGCUGGGAUCCGACCGUUCAAGGACAUUCACAUUUAAUCUGGAAACAGGAGACAUCAAUCAACAUAUGUAAGAUGAACACUGGUUUGAUCCGGGACAACCUGAAGCAAAAGCGGGUCAACUCGAAGCCAGGAGGGGGCUUCCAGGUCACAGAAAUGGGGUCUCCCUCGGUUGCCCAGGCUGGUCUCUGGUGCCCAACGCCGGGCUCCCCAUAAUCUCUACAAAUAGUCCAGUGAAAGAAUGCCAGAGAGUGGAAAGUGGAGGAUGACUGACAAAGGACGGCCGAGUACGUUUUCACUUCAAGCUCUACAGGACAGAAUCAGCUUCCUGUCUGGGUACCCACAAGACAUCUUAAGCUGUGCCAUGAGACAGAGUCCAAGGAAGAGGAAAAGACCUCAGAAUGUCUCUGCACCCCCAGUUCGUCAGACGGCUCAGAUGAACAUCUCUGUUGAGCAGAUGGAAACCAGUAAAACUCCCCAAGCAACUACACCGACCAGGGGGCAGAUGAAGAGACUGGCUCACAUUGCAGAAGAGAACCUGAGGUCUCAGUACAAGCCGCUGACCACCAGUAAUCUAAUGGUAGCUAUGAUGGCGGUAAUCUCCUUGGUGGUGAGUCUUCCUGUAGCAGAGGCAGAUCAAAAUUACACCUAUUCGGCCUGCAUUCCAUUCCCACCACUGAUUAGGCCCGUGACAUGGUUAGAUGCCCCCGUGGAGGUUUAUGUUAAUGACAGUGUCUGGAUGCCCGGACCAACAGAUAACUGAGGUCCUGCUCAUCCAGAGGAGGAAGGAAUGUUAAUGAAUGUUUCUAUUGGUUAUCGCUUUCCUGCCGUCUGCCUGGGGCCAGCAGCAGGAUUUUUAAAUUAUGAAACACAAAGUUGGAUGGUUUAUGUUCCUGCACAUAAUGGAUCAAAAGCCUUUAUUCAUGCAAUCAGUGAAAGAACAUUUCAAUCUUUGGACACUAUUAAAUACCUUGAGCAUGGCUAUGUUGUGACACAUCGCCAGAUUAAUAAAUUUAAACCUAAUAAGAACCUCCUGUUAUUAAAUGGUCAGAAAAGCUAGAGGUGCUAACGUGGGAAGAUUAUAUUGCAAACAGCGCUGCUGUACUACAAAAUAAUUCCUAUGGAAUCAUCAUUGAUUGGGCCCCUAGGGGACAAUUUGCAGUAAAUUGUACUGGACAGAGUGAAGAUUGCAGAGAGACUAUUUUGCAAACGACUACCCAGAUAAUGCACCAAAAUUACAUAGAAGAAUUGAAACAAAUUACCAUAUUAAGUGGGAGGAGAACGGUAUGGCUCCUCCAAGCCCAAAAAUUAUUGAUCCAAUUAUAAGCCCAGAACAUCCAGAAUUGUGGAAAUUAAUGAUGGCUCAAAGCCCAAUUCGGAUUUGGAAAGCAGAAUGUAAAACAGAGACCCAUAGUAAAAAACUUCGAUUUGUUGUAGCCGUGACCUCUAAUCAGAUGGUCCCAUUGCAGAGUUGUGUUAAACCUCCUUAUAUGUUGGCAGUGGGAAAAAUUAAUAUCUUACCUGACUCUCAAACCAUAUCAUGCCUCAACUGUCAUCUUUUUACCUGCAUUAUUUCUGCCUUUAAUAAAGAUAAUAGCAUUUUACUGGUUAGGGCCCAAGAAGGAGUUUGGAUACCUGUUUUCCUCAAUAGACCUUGGGAGGCCUGUCCCUCCAUACAUAUUAUCACUGAAGUACUAGAAGGA